CCCAAAAAAGCCCAGUUAUAGACCCAACCUUUGCCUGUAAUUACUUUCCUUUCUUUUGGCGGUGAUAAAAUUCCCUGACAAAAGCAACUUAUGGGUAAAAGGGCUUAUUUGGCUCACAAUUCCACAUGCUUUAUGGCAUGGAAACCAAGGCAGCAGGGACGUGAGAGAACCGGGCACAUUACAUCUGCAGUCAAGAGCAGAAAGCAAUGAACUAAUGCAUGCUAGCGCUCACUUUGUCCUCUCCGCUUUAUACAGCUCAGGAUCCAACACCCAAGGUUGGUCCUGCCUUCAAUUACUGUGGGUCUUUCCACAUCAAUUAGGGUAGUCAAGACAAUCCCACAGGACAAUAUCAGAGACUAACCUUAGUCUAGAGAAUCAAUCACAAGUCUACCUCCCAUCUAGGCACCCAGUUGACACUAACCACCACAGUGUUCACCAGCAGAUAGAUAAUAAAGUGAUACACACACACACACACACACACACACACACACACUAUUACUCAGUCAUAAAGGCUAAAUUAUAUCAUUUGCUGGAAGAUGGAUGGAGUCUGAAAUCAUGUUAAAUAAAAAUGUCAAACUCAGGAAGGUACACACUGCAUGUUUUUUCCCAUCUGAGUAAUGUAAUCUAGAUUUUAAAAUAAAAUAUAAUUUGAGUUUUACAUCAAAAAAAGAAUACAAAAAAAAAAGACAUGAGAGCAGAAAAAGUACGACUUAGUGGGUAGAGAAAGUGAUGGGGUACUAAAUAUCAUCAGAAUUCAUCAUACACAAGCCUGAAAAUGUUACCAAGAAAUCCACUAGUUAAAACAUACAAUACAGAAAUCAAGCCCCCGGGCUUCUGAAAGAGCUGUCAGUGCUGUUGAUCACUGAAGUGUGUCUCUAGCCUGUACCAUGAUUUCUUGCUUACCACUGACUUGGAAUCACUCCCAUCCAGCGAAUCCAUAAACAACACUAAGCAUCAACAGCAGCUCCUCAUACCUGACCUGAAGUCAGUCAAACUUGGACAAUGACAAGACAAACUUCCUCUAAACAGGCAGCCUAGAAACUCACGUGAGAGACACACCUACGAAAGACAUCUACAUGUCCAGGUCUCAUAGCAACAGCACAAAUAUGGACAGCCAAGUCAGAAAAUCUCCCCACAAUUCCACCGGUCCUAUAAAAACAUUCUCAAAAAUGUCUAGAUGAACCUCAGGACACAGAAUAUAAAAGAACAAUCAUAAAAUAAUUCAUGAAAUAAUUCAAAGAGAGAGAGAGAGAGGGAAACAGAGUGACCCACACAGAAGGGGAGGGAGGAGGAGAGGGGAGGUGCCCAAGCUAACUGGGAAUGCUGUGGGCGGCAAAACAUAUGCCCAGUGACAUACCUCCUCCUCAUAAUUGUAAUUUUGUUAUUGUUAUGAAUCGUAAUACAAAUUUUCUGGAGAGAACUUCUGCUCUAGGGGAUCAGAACUGAUAGACUGAAUGAAUAUCUAUCAAAGGGGGAUUUACUCACAGGCUGUGAUCCCACUAAUCAAACAAUGGCUAUUUCCAAAUGGAAAGAACAAGAGUUGUCCAGUCUGCAGUCCUAACCUGGUGCUGGAGCCCUAGAGAGCCACUGAUCAUCAGUCUACACUGGAAUCCUGAAGCAGUUGAUGGUUCUAACACCAUCAACACAAUGCCUCUGAAGCAGGGCAGAUGAACGUGCCAGAGAGAGUGAGCGCAAGCUGGCCAAAAGCAAAACACAUCACAUUCUUCUGUGGCCUUUUACGUGGGCUGGCAUCAGAUUAAGAGUGUGUUAUCUCACCUCAAAUGAUCAUAUCAAGAAAAAAACCCUCACAGAAGUACCCAGCUGCAUGGACGAUCAUGGAUACCAGAUGUUGUCACACUGGUAUUCAGAAUUAGUCAGCAUAACAGCCAGGUUAAACUGAAGUCAUCAGGGUGAGCCAUACAUAGAAUAGAACCUUAGAGGAGGGACAGAUCUGUAUCUCUAACGCAUGGGAAAGAUGCUAUGAGGAGAUGGGAAGGCAUCCAGCACAAGCCAAAAGAGAGGCCUAGAACCUCUCUUUCCCUCACAGCCCUCAAAAGGAACAAACCCUGCCGAGACCUGUGUGGACUUUGCCUCUUUAACUAUUAAGCAACCAACUGCUAUUGUUUAAACUGCCUGGCCUCUUAGAAUUCACUACAGCAUUUUAGCAAACUAACAUAUACGCUCAAAUCCUUAUAUGCCAAUUGUAAUAGCAUCAUGAUCAACACUUUUAAAAUAACUAUCCUCGAAUUGUUUCAGGGUACUUACUAAUGACCAAUCCCUGUAAGAAGUUCCAGUAUAUACAUUAAUUAAUGAAAACGUUGAGUAAAUUAUAUAAUAUGGAAUUACAUGUCAAUAAAAAUAAACACACAAAACCCUUUGAAAGUUGACAUAAUUAUUUUGAAUUAAAAACUGAGACUAAGAGGAACAAUUAACACAUGGGUAAAGGCAGGAAUUGAAAGCAGGCCCUAGCAUGUACUAGAGAACAUAACCAUUCCACCUAGCCCCUUACCUCCAUUUGCCCCCUCCCCCACAGCUCACCCCCACCUUCUUUCCAUUUCCUGUAUGAAGCUGCAUGAGAGGUCAGAGUUCAACACACACCACCUCAUCUAUACUGUUCCUCACUAUGCGUUACUGUAGCCCUGACUGUGUACCAGAGUGGAUAAAGCCCACCAAAUGACACAUGUUUAUACAAGUGCUGUAUGUAUUGCAAACACUUUUUGGAAAUCUUAAUCUAAAUCAUAUUCAGGGUCAUUUUAAAAGCACAUCAACCUGAUUCUGAAGUUUAUAUAAAAGGCAAAGGAACUAAAAACAGCCAAACAAUUCUGAAAAAGGAACCAGGUUAAAGGGCUCAUUACCUGAACCCAUGGAUCUAUUAUCAAGCUAUGAUUAUGAAGUCUAGUGUUGAUGAAAAGUCAGACAUGCAAAUGAACACAACAGAAGAAAAAGGCAGAAACAGCCACAUGUAUAAAUGCAACUGAUUUCCAACCAAUCUACUAAGGCAAUGUGGCAGAAAAGUAGUAUUGUCCUCAAAGUCAACAAAUGGUACUGAAUCAGCAGGACACUGUAGGCAAAAUAAGUGAAUAAAUAACCUUAGACCUACAUAAAAGUUAAUUCAGUAUGGGCCACAGCCUAAAAUAGAAGUUUAAACUAUCAUAUUCAUAGAAGAGAACGCAGGGACAAAGGUUUUAUGACCUUAGAAUUGGAAAGACUUCAUGGGCAUUAUGCCGAAAGCUCAAUCCACAAAAGAAAAUUUUACAAAAUGAACUCAGCCCCAAAUUUUAAUGUCUAUUGCUAAUCAUUUUAAGUCUUCUGAUUUCUAUUAUAAAACUAAAGAGUAGGAAUCAAAACUUUUAAUAUAUUUCACAAAGAACUCACAUCCAAAAUACAUUAAAAAAAACCCUUAAAACUCAGUUUAAAAAUUAGAAAAUAAGUAACAGAAGAUGAAAGAAUGGUAAACGCGCAGAGCGGGACAUACUCAGAAUCAUUCAGCACUAGGGGUGCUAGGGGUACUGUCAUCCCAGUACUUAGAGGCUGAAGCUAGUGAGCUCAAGGUCUGGCCUACAUAUUUAAGACUCUACCUCAAAGCAGAACGUGUACAACGCUGUAACUUUCAUCCAUCACCAAUGUGAAAGCAAAUGAGCACAGCCGUGUGGAAGGAGCGUGGCGGCUAUUUAUGAAGUUAAAUAUACCAAAUAAUCCAGUGAUCCCACUGGUAGGCAUUUAUAUAAAAUAAAGAUGUGUUCAUACAGAAAUCUAUAGACAUGUACACAGUGGUAUUAUUCAUAUCUUUUAAAGCUGGAAAUAACACUAUUGGAAACAUUUCUCAACAAUAUAAUGGAACAAAUUAGUAAUAUACAUGACAGUACAGAUGAAUAUCAAAUGCUUUUGCGUCUGAAAAUGACAGAUUCCGAAAGGCUACAUGUGAUUUCAUUCAUGACAACUUAAGAAAUACAGAAUUAUUAAGACAGUAAACAGAGCAAUGUAUCAUGUGCACUGUAGGAGAAGGGCCUUAGGGUACUUUAGGGUACUGAAGUUACUAUAUCAUGGUGUUUACAUGAAAGCAUUUGCUUGUGAAAGCACUCCCCAAAUGCUGAAUUUUAUCAAUAGUCUAGUCUAAGUUUUAGGAUCUUUUGAGUGAAAAAGAAAAAGUCUUAAAGGAUGGCUCAGCAGCUAACUCAGUGGCUCCUAAGCCUGACCAUCUCAGUAGAUCCCCAGAAAAUACAUGGUGCAAGAAUAGGACUAACACACAUUCCCACCACAGAAAACAUAACUACUCCACAACACAUAAACACAUAAAUGCAAUUUAAAGAAAGAAAACGGGAGAGGGAAGUAAAUCAAACUAAAAGACUCACGCGUACAUUAAAAUACAUUUUGUAAGCAUUUACUUUCUUUGAUCAGAGGCACAAGAAUGUUUGCUCUUAAAAGACAUUAUGCAUAAUUUUCUUUUGCAUAUUAAUGCAGUAAUUUUAUAAAAAUUAUUCCGUGCUUACUAUGUACCAGCAUUAAAUGAUUUACACAUAAUUAAUUUAAUGAACGUAAAGAACCAAAAGAUAGAAAUUCCUUUCAGAAUUCAUAAGCAUAACUCUGGCAAGACCCAACAUAGAGAAAGAAAAACCUAAAUCGGUAACAAACUCAUCCUCUAGAAACCAUUUAAGAUUUGUGCCCUGCCCUUGAUUCAAGCUCUAAGGAGACAGGAAGGACCCAGGGUUCAAGGGCACUGUAAUCAGGGUGUUAGAAGCUAGCCUAGGUUGGCUAAAUAAAAAAAAUAAUCCUCCAAUUCUGGCUUGUAUGGGUGAGAAAUUAAAGUGCCCAAUCAUUUCAUGAUCAGAAAAACAGCAUUUGAUAUUUCUGGUCUUUUCCAAAGCUCUCACAUGCAAAUUACAAGCAGAUCCAAAGAGCAGAUGGUUAACUGUGAAGUGUUUGGUGGCAAACGGUUGCGUGUGCAUCUGUAGGUCCGGAAGAAAGAGAAGGACCAAACAUAUGCUUUUCAAGAUGAAUGAAAAGAAAUCUCUAUUCCCCGGCCCUUACGGGCUUGCCUAACCUGCCACCCAGAGGCUGCAAGCUUCCCAAGAUAAUGACGAAUCGGGCCCCUACACGUGUGGAUGAAAUGGCGUCUUCUCAUAGUCACAAGGUUGGACACUCACAAGGGUUUUGCUUUUCUUCUCUUCACCCUCUCUCUUCAUUCCUUUUCAUAGGCACCUGUGUGAAGUCUUCGGUAACACUACCAGGAUGCUUACGGCGCUGAGAUUUCCUACACAAGCACUUCUAGAACUAAUUCCAAAGUCCCUACUGUGACAAUUUGCAACCAGGAUAUAUGAAACGAGGUUCAAGAGGGCCGGCUGGCUGGGGGCUCUAGGAGUCCAAGAUGGCCUACGCAGAUACACGCAGAUACGCAGGUCUGCAAAGGAGUGGGAGGAAAAUGGUUCUCCCGCAUUUCUGUUCUCUGAAAGUAAAUCUAAGACGCAAUCAAGAUUCAGAAAAGAAGGUACCCAUAACUAAGGCUGACCAGCAUCAGCUAUGGCGCACUUCCGACAGGGGUUCACAGGUGCUUUGCGGAUUCAAAGGGCUGAGAUGGGAGAGGGGGGGCACACAGGAAACAGGCUGGGGCUGUACAAACAGGUAUGGAAAAAUACAGGCUCAGCCUCGAGCUGGUUCCAGCCAGCCCUGCAGGGGUGGGAGCGGAAGUUGGGGGCUGGGUAUCUAAGUGGUUUUGAAGACUUCGGAGAUAGCGGCAUAGCAACAAUCUGGUGCAGUUUGUGCGCACAACCAUCAGCUGAUAGCGAGCAGCCAUUCACCACAGCCGUCAGCGUUUGCUGCAUCCUUAGACUUGCUCUGGACCAGCCGCAGUCACAGCUGCAGGACCUCUCUGGACCAGCUCGGUCGCAGACUGCGCAAUCACCAGACCACUGCAGCAAACCAGCCCAGCCGAGCCUAACGCUAGCCAUGGCCGACCCCGAGAAGCAGGGACCCGCUGAGAGCCGCACCGAAGACGAGGUGAUGGAGGGCGCCCAGGGUGGCGAGGAUGCAGCAACCGGCGACAGUGCCGCUGCGCCCGCGGCCGAGGAGCCUCAGGCUCCCGCGGAGAAUGCGCCCAAGCCCAAGAACGAGUUUAUCGAGAGCCUGCCCAAUUCCGUCAAGUGCCGGGUCCUGGCGCUCAAAAAGCUGCAGAAGCGCUGCGAUAAGAUCGAGGCUAAAUUUGACAAGGAGUUCCAGGCUCUGGAGAAGAAGUACAACGACAUCUAUAAGCCCCUGCUUGCCAAGAUCCAGGAGCUCACCGGAGAGAUGGAGGGCUGCGCGUGGACCCUGGAGGAAGAUGAUGACGACGACGAGGAAGAAGAGGACGAAGAGGAGGAAGACGAAGAAGAGGCGGCAGCUGGUGCAACUGGGGGUCCCAACACCGGCAAGAAAUGAACACAGCGGCUGGCAGGUGAUAAAUCCCCUGCCCCUUUUAUUUCCGAUGUCGGCAGACUUUAAAAGGCUCAGGUUUUGCCCAAAAUACAUGUGAAUCUAUUCUGACAUUCCUAAAUUUAAAUUGAAUCAAGUAGAUUUUGGCUAGCCCGUUUCUAAUCUGACUUUUAUUUGUGUAAAACAGAUGCCAAAAGACGUUUUUAAGAGAAGGCUAAUUAAGCUUAUUUUUUCCCCCUUCCCCGCUCUUCUGUGAGAACUGGACUUGAGACUGAUGAGAGACGGUCAGUUAAAUGUAUAGUGCGUCACACGUUGAAAUCCAUUCAUCACACUGCACCUGGACACCCAGGCUAAGACCGAACUCUUCCCCAUGCUUAAUUUCUUCAGUUUCUUUACAUUUCUCAGAGCCGAGGAGAAGGAACCCAAGGAAGACGUGAUCUUUAAGCCUUUUGCGUUUGCAAACCCAGACAUCAGCUUUACACUCUUGAGGAGACGUGGCUUGGAGGAAGCCUGCACAGAGUGACUCUACUGGCUAGGGAAACUGGAGUUUAAAGUUAUGGAAAAUGUUUUGAAUAUCUGAAUUUAAGAAAGAACAUGGUUGCAAGACAGAGGGUGUAUUACAUGUAUAAUAUUGUCGACACGUGCUCACUUGUGGUCUCAUGUUUUCGGUUCUCUUGGUAGUGUUUGUUUAUGAAAUCGUAAAAAUUACCCCAAAAUGUUUUAAGUAGUAAACCACCUUAUAGCAUUUUAGAAAUAUAAUUUACUUGAAGAGAUGUAGAAUGUAGCAAUUCCGUAAAGCAUGUGUAUCCAGUGUUGCGUAGUUUGACCUUUGUGAAGUCUUUUUGUCUUGUAGCUUUUAGCAAGUAGCUGUGAAAACCAUCAGAAACACUCAAUGAAGCUAAUGUCUGGAAAAAAUAUAUACUUGAAGAAUCAAUCCAAGUGUGUAUCCCCACCCCCAGCUCAGAAAUAGAAAGGGUUUAAGUUUGCUUGUAUUAGCUGUGCCUUCAUUAUUUUGCUAUGUAAAUGUGACUUAUUAAAAGGUGCAUAAUCAUUUUUAUUGCUUAAUUAAGGAAGAAGGACAUAUAGGAAGGACUUCUGGGGAAGGACAUUUAAUGUAAUGGCCUUGAGCUUCUUUGUGGGUUUUGAAUUAUCUGUGAAUCAAUGUUCUGUAAGAGUCCAAACUAAAGUUGUUUACCACUGUGGUGUUAACAAAGCAGUAUUUUCAAAAAUAAAAAGACUUGUUGUUCUGACUGCCUGUGUUCUCAUCUAUAAAAGUGGGUGGUAAUGGUCCCUUCCUCACAGGUAUUAUGAAAAGGAGUUAUUCUAUAUACAGCACAUAACAGCAGUAUCUGACACCCAAGAGUAAUUUCCAGCUAUUAUUAUUAUAAUAAAGACAAAAGACCCUGAUAGAAAAUCCCACUCUCUUCCUCUCCUGCUACGCAACAGAAAACGGUAGCUUUAUUAAUCCCCUACCUUGGUGAUUCCUUAUUAUCAAUAAAAAAUAUGUUUUUUAAUUCAGAAAUACAGGACAUUCAAAAACUACCCUGUUUUGGUUUCCUUCACAUAAAAUCUGGUUUUAAUUUCCUCUCAUAAAAGGUAAGACUUUAAUAACGCAUUAUGAAUUCACCCCACCCCCACACAUCAGAUGCCAUUCUCUUCCGUUUGCUCAAGGGUUAAUCAUACUGCCGCAAAAUUACGUUGGAAAUGGAGGGUGAUAUUAACCUGUUGCUAAUGACAACAGUUGACUACGAUCAACUCUAAGGUUGUGGCAACUUCCUACGGCGUGAUCAACCCAAAUGAAGGAGGAUGUUACAUACAUUAUGAUCAUAAUUGUAUGAUUAUUUUAAUUAAAAAGGUAAUUAAACUCAACAAGUUCAGAAAUGGAGGGACUGCCAUUUAA